AAACACGCGCUGGAUCCUCCUCCGCCGCUCUCUCAUAUCAUCUAGCCUAUAUUCUGAAACCAGUUCCGUAUUCAGCGCUACUUUAAUGUAACGUCGGGGCGCACACCAUACAGCGUAUAGGUUGUAUAAUUGUCGGAUAAGACAACACCAUCUCGAACAUGGAGCCUUGAACUGGAAGACACCCACAGAACCACAGAGAUGAAAAUGCAGCACACUUGAUACCUCCCUGGAGGGGAAACCUGAAUUAAGAUGAAGCGACUGAAGGGGAAAACCCAGCAGUGUGGAGCAUUGCAGAAAGUCCUGUGAACUCUGACUUCCAGCCCCCAUCGUCCCAUCAUUCCUUUCCCCCCUUACACAACACUCCCAUCACCACUCCUGCUCUGGUCCAAGAUGACCUCGCCGAGAAAGCACCUGGUCAAGGAUUUCAACCACUUUAUCACAUGCUACGUGUGUAAAGGGUACCUGAUCAAGCCCACCACGGUGACAGAGUGCCUGCACACCUUUUGUAAAAGUUGCGUCGUCCAACACUUUGAAGACAGCAAUGACUGCCCCAAAUGCGGCAUCCAAGUCCAUGAAACCAACCCUCUAGAGAUGUUAAGGUUGGACAACACUUUAGAGGAAAUCAUUUUCAAACUCGUGCCUGGGCUAAGAGAAAAGGAACAACAGCAGGAGAUCGAGUUCUGGAGGAGUCGGAAGUUAAAGGAGAAUGGAGAAGAAGAUGGCCCCCGAUCGAAGAGAUCCAGGCUGGAUGACGACGAUGAUGAUGAUGGUGGCGAUGGAGACUACCACAGGAGUGACCCUCAGAUAGCCAUCUGUCUGGACUGUCUACUCAACAAAAGCCUGGUGGGAGAGAACAUUGUUAAGAUGGUGUUUCCACCGGAUACGUUCCCAGAAGACAAACUCAAAAUGUCGCUCACAACAAAGGGAACUAACAAAGACAAUCAACCAAAACAAAAACAGAAACAGGUGGGUUUUAGUAGGGGUUCUCAAAGACACUCAUGGAGGUUGUCCACUGAAAGUUGACUAUCAACAAGAGUCUGGGUCCUAAAAGAAUGCCCACUAAAUUUGCCCCAGAAAAGGCAAACCAAAAUAAAAACCCACACCAACUUAGAAUAUGGAGAUAAAAGCAAGUGGAGCAAACCUAAGGGGAGAACACAAGAUAAAAGUAUUUGUUUUUAUCACACUCAAAGAGGAAGAGCUAAUCCGCGGUCAAGCACUUCCAACAUCUCUCAUUCCCACUCUCUCAAGAACCUCUGGAGCACUGGGCCAGCCACUCUUAAAUACUACCUGGGCUAGCAGAGGUGAAACACCUUCCGACUAACAAGAUGGGCAAGCCAGCACUGUUGUAACAUGUACUUACUAACGAGCUGCUAACGCGCUACCUCGAAAUAUAAAUGGAAAACCCUAAAUCUGUAACAGGUGACCACAUCUAAACAGCCCAAAUGCGGGACAAGGGAACGAUUUUGUGAGACAUUCACGGAACAGUGGACAGAAUACAUUUUUGGGGGGGCAGGUUAAUGGAUCACGUUCAAAUGGCGACAUAGUUCUGCUGUAUGAAGGUAACUGCCUGUUAAAGGGGCAAUCCUUAGUCGCUACAUACAUUUUUGGACUUCUAAAGUAAUGAUAUGAACCCAUUUGAUUCUUAAAUAUACAAAGCAUAAAUGCCUCAUGAGCUUAGUUCAACUGUCGUACCCCAUCAGA